AUGCGUGUAUCAUUCAGAGUGUCAACAUUUAGCAAACAUCAUUCUCCAGCCAGUUACGAUAAUAUAUCUACCAUCAUUUCGAAAGUUUUAGGCGUUAAUUUCAGUGCAACAGCAAUAAGAAGAUAUUUCCCACGAGUAUCGAGGAAUCAAUUGGAAAGGAACGUUGGAAAAGAAAAUGGGCUGGUUCGGUGGUCUUUUUUUAAGAAAGAAACGGAUGAGUUCCUGAGAACGGCGACGGAAAUCUUAGACAGGAGCUUGAAAAAUCAGUCGCAUCUAACCGAGGCGAACACAUAUCUCUUGAGUGAAAAUUUGAUAAAGAUCUGUCAUCAAAGCGUUGCAAGAAACCAAGACGUCGAAAUUUGUCAUGAUGCAACUUUUCCUGUGCAAUUUCGCGUGUUUACUGAAACCCAUUCACCGUACUUGUCCAACUGGACACCUUGGUAUGAUUCCAAGCACAAGAGCAUUCAUUUGUAUUCGUUUAAACGGACGCCAGGUUACGCUGAUAAAGAAAUUAUUAUACAUGAAGAUGGUAAGUGGAAUUUUCGUUCUGAGGGGCAUAACAGAAACACGACUGGUAUUAAUGCUUUUGUUGGUUUGCCUGAACAAUUACUUCGUAUGAAAUCACUGGUAAAAUUACUAGAAAUAACUGACAAAUGCAAAAUGUGCAACGGUUGCGGAAACUCGGAAGAAUAUGAAAAUCUAAGUUCUGAAACAAGCAUAUUUAAGAAAAAAGAUGGUAGAGAAGGCGUACUACACGAAAAUAACCUACUACGAUCAGCUGAUUGCAGCAUUCUCUUAAAACAUGAUGAACCCGACAAGUGUCCAUCCUGUAAAAAUUGCAACCAUUACUUGCGAACAGUUAUGUCCCGGAAGAAAAAUGCCGAUAAAAAUUCGUCUAAAUCAACACGAUUCGAUUACAGAAGUAAGGAGGAACUUAUUGUUACAGCACGAGAUUCGAGUAAGACUAUUAAAAAACUCAAAGAGAAGCUGAAAAGAUCUGACGAAUCAAAGAAUCAAAUUGAUGUUGGUCCAAAAUCCGACACUGAUUUAAAGCAAAUCUUCAACGACCUAUAUCUCGGAGUUUCCAAAACGAAAGAACGAGUAAAUCACCUUUUAUGCGAAUGGAAAGAUUGUAGUAAUAACUCUAAAUUUGACAAUGUUGAAUUGCUGUACACUCAUUGUAAGGAACAUAUAGAGCGUGUUGACACUCGAAAUAUUGCUCCAGUUGAUAGAGUUUAUUGUUGUAGAUGGAAUGGCUGUUCUAAAAGUUACACCAAACUAAAGUUACUCGAGAAUCAUAUUAGAGAGCAUACCGGAAGACUCAACAACGACAUUUUAGAAGUACUUUUAAGUGAUCAAGCAAAAGCUUUGAAUACGAGUUCCAGACAAAUGCGGUGGAACCCCCUAGUUAUAAAGUGGUGUCUGCGAAUAUAUAUCAAGUCCCAUGGAUUGUAUGAAGAUUUGAGGAAUUCUGGUGGCUUGAAACUUCCCAGUGGACGGUUACUGUCUGAUUAUAAAAACUUUGAUUCACCAGAUUCUGGAUGGAAAACAAGCCAUUUACAGAAUAUGAAAACACAAUUUAAGAAAAUGAAGCCCCCAAAACACGCAAAACUUGGUGGACUGAUAUUCGACGAAGUAAAAAUAAAAGAAGGUCUUGUGUUUGAUUGCAAAAACUGGGAACUAAUUGGUUUCACUGAUUUACAAGGUGACGGAAUAUCGGACGAAAAGACAUGUGCAGAAAAACCAACUGAUAACCUAGCAACACAUGUACUACAAAUUUUCUUUCGAAGUCUGUUUUUCAAAUUUGAUUACCCUUGUGCCUUUUUCCUUACCAAAGAGACGACGGCUUUACAGUUAAACAGAAUAUUCUGGUUGGGGGUAAGCAUGCUGCACAUUUUUGAAUUCGAGAUUAUAUUUUGCUGUUGUGACGGUGCUUCAUCUAACCGAUCAUUCAUUAUGCUAAACAUAGAUGACAAAAGUUCAAGCUACUGCCAAAAUAAAUUUUCUGGAAUGCCUUUAUUCUUCUUUUCCGAUCCCCAUCAUCUGAUAAAGAAACUUAGAAACAACAUGCAUUCCAGUGGCUUUAAAGAAAAUCAUCCUCGAUAUACACGAACGCUUUUUAAUGAAGACCAAUACAUUCUAUGGGAUCAAAUAUAUGCAGUAUAUACAAGGGAGAAGAAAAGGCAUUUAUACGUGACGGACUUGAGAAAAUCUCGUGUUGCAAUAGAUUCUUUCAGCAAGAUGCGCGUGAAACUUGCGGUUCAAACUCUCUCGUCGAAAGUUGCUGAAGAGAUGGAGGCUAGUGAGCGUCAAGCGACAGAGCAGACAUGUCGCUAUAUUCGAAAUUGUGAAACGUUUUGGAAUGUUUUCAACAGUCCCAAACCACUGAAGAACCUAGAUGACAUCAGAAUAGCAAAACUUGACAGUGUUGUCAAAUUUUUUGAAGAUUGGAAGAUCUGGCUUUCGAAAAAGUUUGAAACAAAAGAAGAACAGUCACGGCAUUUUAUCUCAUGGCAAACUAAAUUUGACCUUCACGUAAGUGCAUAAACAUAUUCUAAAAGCUUAUUCUUGGUUCGAUCUAAGGCCCCGUUUAGAUAAGACCGGAAUGAAGUCAAACUGGGACCAUUUCGUUUCGGUCAUAGUAUAAUUUAUAAAGCCUGGUUUCCAUUUGGUCGUUAGUUGUCGCUGGCACGACAAGCGGUAGACGUGAAAUAGUCUAAUAUAAUAAUAGUCUGUUUGUGUGUUAUAUGCAAAUCAGUCUUAAUGAUUGCAGAGUUUUAUAAAGUUUUAAGUUGACACUCUAUUACAUCAGCCACUUGUCGUGCCAGCGACAACUAACGACCAAAUGGAAACUAGGCUUAACAGAUGUUUACAUGAGACCGGGUCGAAAAUAACUCAGACUGGUCUCAAGUCAUUCCUCCUGCUGGACCGACCCAACUGACUUCAGACCGGCAUGAAUUCAGAACGAGAUGAAUGUAAACACGAAUACAUUUCAAACCGGUCUCGGCUAUAACCUUGACAUUGGAACAACACAUGCUAACAAAAGCCAUCUGAAAAAGAAAAUUGCUUGGCAAGGGAAGUAAAUUGAAAAUUUUGUGAUUUUUGUACCGGUCUCAUGUAAACAUGUUGACAAUUCCAAUUUUCAUUCCGGUUUCACUUCAUCCCGGUCUCAUGUAAAUGGGGCCUAAGUAUGACCAAGGGCAGUGUUUUAUAGCGCCCUGGUAUGACCAUACAUAAAAUGCGUAUGCAUAUCUUAUUAUAUUUCUGAUAAGAAUGAUUUGUUCUCUUUUAUAUGUAUAGAUAACAGUCAACGCUUUAAAGGAGCUACUCAACUACUUGAAAAAUGAUGAUUUUGUUCGUGAAUACGGUGACCAAUUGUACAUCAAUUUGAGCAAGAUAAACCAAGAUUUUGUCGAAUCGUAUUUUUCAUGUCAACGACAAAUGUGUGGCGGCACACAAAACAUGACAGCAUAUGUUUACGGGUACAAUGUCAACAGCCUCAAAUGCCUUCGCUCAUCCAGAUUACUGAUGAAGAAACAAACGAACGUGUACGAAGUCCAGGAAUCACUCUCUUACUUCAAAGAAGAGGAAAGUCCACCCAGGAGAAAAGCUAAUGAUUCAAUUUGGGAAACUGUCCCUUGGUUUGUGGAGAUUUAA